UGUGGGCGGAGGUGGUCUCCGUUUUCCUCUCCUCCCUCGCUCCGUCCCUCCCGGCCAAGAUGUCCGACAUGGAGGACGACUUCAUGUGCGACGACGAGGAGGACUACGACCUGGAAUACUCUGAAGAUAGUAACUCAGAACCAAAUGUGGAUUUGGAGAAUCAGUACUAUAAUUCCAAAGCAUUAAAGGAAGAUGACCCAAAAGCAGCAUUGAGCAGUUUCCAAAAGGUGUUGGAACUUGAAGGUGAAAAAGGAGAAUGGGGAUUUAAGGCACUGAAACAAAUGAUUAAGAUUAACUUCAAAUUGACAAACUUUCCAGAAAUGAUGAACAGAUAUAAGCAACUAUUGACCUAUAUUCGGAGUGCAGUCACAAGAAAUUAUUCUGAAAAAUCCAUUAAUUCUAUACUUGAUUAUAUCUCCACUUCUAAGCAGAAUUCUGAUUUUUUAUGUCAGAUGGAUUUACUGCAGGAAUUCUAUGAAACAACACUGGAAGCUUUGAAAGAUGCUAAGAAUGAUAGACUGUGGUUUAAGACAAACACAAAGCUUGGGAAGUUGUAUUUAGAACGAGAAGAAUAUGGAAAGCUUCAAAAAAUCUUACGGCAGUUACAUCAAUCCUGCCAGACUGAUGAUGGAGAAGACGAUCUUAAAAAAGGUACACAGUUAUUAGAAAUAUAUGCUUUGGAAAUUCAGAUGUACACAGCACAGAAAAAUAACAAAAAACUUAAAGCACUCUAUGAACAGUCACUUCACAUCAAGUCUGCCAUCCCUCAUCCACUAAUCAUGGGAGUCAUCAGAGAAUGUGGUGGUAAAAUGCACUUGAGGGAAGGCGAAUUUGAAAAGGCACAUACUGAUUUUUUUGAAGCCUUCAAGAAUUAUGACGAGUCUGGAAGUCCUAGACGAACCACUUGCUUAAAAUAUUUGGUCUUAGCAAAUAUGCUAAUGAAAUCUGGAAUAAAUCCUUUUGACUCACAGGAGGCUAAGCCGUACAAAAAUGAUCCAGAAAUUCUAGCAAUGACAAACUUAGUAAGUGCCUAUCAGAAUAAUGACAUCACUGAAUUUGAAAAAAUUCUGAAAACAAAUCACAGCAACAUUAUGGAUGACCCUUUUAUACGGGAACACAUUGAAGAACUUUUGCGAAACAUCAGAACACAAGUGCUCAUAAAAUUAAUAAAGCCUUACACAAGAAUUCAUAUUCCUUUUAUUUCUAAGGAGUUAAACAUAGACGUUGCUGAUGUGGAAAGCCUACUGGUGCAGUGCAUACUGGAUAACACUAUUCAUGGCCGAAUUGAUCAAGUCAACCAACUCCUUGAGCUGGAUCAUCAGAAGAGGGGAGGCGCCCGAUAUACUGCACUAGAUAAAUGGACCAACCAACUAAAUUCUCUCAACCAGGCUGUAGUCAGUAAACUUGCUUAACAGAGAACAAACUUUUACAGGUGUACUUAAAGCAACAGUGCAGAGAAUUAACCCUACAAAGAACUGGGAAUGGCAAAACCACUGUUGGUUGAUAUGUCCUGAGAAAUUAUUGGCAUUAUGGCAGAAGUGCUUUUUUGAUCAACUGGUUUAUGUUUUGCUGCUGCAUUUAUCCCAAGAAAAACAGCUUUAAUCUCCAGAAGAAAACCAAAAUGCCAUGGGAUUUAUGCUGUAUUGACAUCUUGCCCUAAUCACACACCAUCGUAGUAAUCUGUCAUGGGCAGCAUGACCAGAGAGAAGAUUUUUGUCAUGAUUUUAAAUACACCGACGCGCUACUGUUGGUUAAAAUUAAACAUAUUUUACCUGCAGAAAUUCUCUCACAGAUAACCUGCAAUAACUUGAAAUGCAUACCCUUUUGAACACUUCCUUUUCUCCUGUGUAAAUUAAAAUGUUCGCUGCAUUUUGCAAAAUGUCAAUUCUCAAAAAGUGUGUCCGUAUAUUUCUGUACCUGCAGUGUAGUAAAGGUUUAGAGGAAACCCCAUAAUUCUAGUGGCAUUCCGUCACUUAGGUUUCAAGCAGCAAAUAAACAGUGCAGCUCAGAAAUUGUAGUUUGGUUCUUGAUGUGUUUUAUUAUGUUUUGGACUUUUGUUAUUUAGUACCUUCGAUGUUUCAGAUCUUUUAUCUUUAGUUAAUGUUUUUUUUUUUUAAGCCUGGGAGCAAAUUAUUUGUUUUCAAGGCUUAAAAGUCUUUAUUAAUAAAGUAAGGACAACUAGUUUCUAACUAAGCACUUGCAUAGUACUUACUUUGACAGUGAUGCUUUAAAAGGAAUAAGAUUCUUCAUUUGUUGUUUUAAGAAAGAUACUCCAUUUUCAAAGAAUGAAUGCUAACUCUCAGUGUUCACUUUAAACAAAUAUACCAGAACAUAGACAGCUAAAUGAAUGUUGCCCUGAGGAGUGAUCAUGCUGGAAGAUUCUUUCCUAAUUCCAGCAAUCUACCAUUGCUCAAAACCCUUUCUCUCUUUUAGAAUUGCAUUUAGAGCAAAUUGGAGUCACAAACACUAUUAACUUUGCAAUAGUUGCAGGUUUUUUUUUUUUUGUUUUUGUUUUUUUUUAAGUAUUAUUCAGCUUGUUUGAUUGAUGAGUGUCAUUAUUUGGUACCAAAUGAUUUCUUAAAGUUUUUUCAAAUUUAAAUGUCAGUAGGGUAACAGUAGAAAGUAUACGUCUGGUUUUGAAGGCGAUCUCCAAAAGGUCUUUUGAGCAGUGGUGGUAUCAUUAGAAUAAUCUGUGACCUUCGACUACCUGAACAGAGACACGGCUCAUUUGAAUGUACUGAGUUUGGGAUGUGUUUGUUUAAUUUCUUUUAAAAGUUCACGUUGUUUUGUAGUGUCAAAAGAAAAGAAUUUAAGAUUAAGAUAAUUUCUUUUGUUUUUCUAUUGCUUGUUAUUAUGUAAAAAGUGAGUGGCAGUUCAGAAAGAAGACUGUUGGAACUGAAGAAUGACAACCAUUAAGUUUUGAUCAUUAAUCAGAUUUUAUAAACAGUGGAAGGAGCAUGGACUUAAUAAAAAAGGCAUGCUUAAUCGGUUUUGUCAAAAUUUUACGAAAAUAUGUGCUAUAUAUUUAUACUAAAACUAUAUAAUCCUUAGAUUUAGAAGAGCAAUCAGUCAAUGUCUGGCAGAUUAAAGCAAUAUUAAAACAGAACACAAGUUGGAAAUUGUAGAAAAGCAGAAAGAAAACAAAAGACAAAAUAAUGUCUCUGGUAGGGAAUAAAAAAAAUUUAAGAUAUUUAAAAUGACGUGUUUUUUCUUCUCUGUUACAUAAAUCAUUUGUGGCAAGUGUGCAGGAUUUUUUUUUUCACAGAAGUGAUAAAAAGUAGGGUUUAUUUUUCAGUAUUUGGAGAGCCUUCGUUACUCAAAUAAAAAUAAAAAGUUUCUGUGCCUGUA